AUGUCGUACGUCACUGAUGGGGCACUGAAUGACUUAGAGUUUGUAAUGUCUCGUGCUGAUAAGCCAUACUUGCUGCACAAGCUUAUGAUGGAGUCAGGCGUGAAGCAUUUUCUCUACGUGUUUGUUGACAUUUCUACUUAUUGUGUACUUUGUGGACUACAGGCAAGUUCAAAGUACAGUCGACAGCUGAUGCUCCUUGCUGACUUCUUUGAUCUUUGCAAUGGUACUUCCGGUUCAUCACAGUUUGACAGGGAGCUGCUUGAGGCACCGAAAUCAGCACUGGAAUUGUCAGAUGUUAUGAAACGACUUUCGGCAUGUCAGGAACUUCUGUCAUCAAUCGACGCUAAGGCUACUCAUCUCAUGACAACGGUAGCGCAGCAAUACAAUACACCUGCUGGUCCACAAAAGUCCCAGUCUACCUCAUCCAUAACUUCAGUCAAAGGAUCUACAGUAGAGCAGGCUGUGCAGUCAUUUGAGACAAGAACAGAUUAUCAGUUCAAAUCGAAGACUAUUCUUACUGUCGAUGUUGAAGCUGGCACUUUGACAAUAACGCGUAGUGAUAAAGACGCUUCUGUCUAUUCCUGGAAUCAGAUCGUUCAGAUUAUCAAAUCAAGAAGUGCCAAGCAGAAGCUGGGUAUUCGUGUUGAAGGCAAAGCGAGGAAAGAUUUUGCCUUCAAUGACAAUAAGAGCCGCGAAGUGUUCUGCCAGCUCAUGCAGCUCAUACUCAAGCGUAAUUCUCAUGAUCAUGACGUCAGCAACAUCAGUGUCUUUAUCGGCUCAUUCAACAUGGGUGAUACUCCAUGUCCCAACGAUGUAACGAGUUGGAUCAAGAGCCAGGGUCUUGGCAAGACAUUGGACAAGUCUGUUAGCCACUAUGCACACGACAUGUAUGUUAUUGGUACACAAGAGAGUGGUACUAUGGGAGAGAAAGAUUGGAAAUCCGUCCUCUACCAGUGCACAGGCCUCGAGAUGAAAAUGGUUGAGCAAACCUCACUGUGGGGUAUCCGCCUGGUGAUCAUGGUCAAGGCUGAGCAUUACAACAAGAUCUCACACGUGCAAACAUCGCAGGUCAGAACUGGUGUUGCCAACACACUUGGUAACAAAGGUGCAGUGGCAGUGUCACUUCAUUUUGGAACCACGUCCAUGUGUUUCAUCUGCGCACAUUUGACAUCUGGAACAGAGAAAUGUACCAGGCGUAACAACAACUACCGUGACAUUCUGCGUGGCCUGCAGUUAGGUCAGCGUAGUCUGCAGCAGUUUGAUCUUACCAGUCAGUUUCAUCAUGUCUUCUGGCUUGGUGAUCUCAACUACCGACUGCAGUGUGAAGAUGAAGCAGGGGCCACUGCAAUCGUAAACCACAUCAAGGAGAAUAACCUGUCUGUGCUGCAUGAGAUGGAUCAGUUGAAGAGAGAGAAAGAGAAGGGCAAUGUGUUCUGCUCGUUCGAGGAGGAAGCACUCGACUUCCCACCGACCUAUCGCUAUCAGAGAGGCAGUCGCCAAAUCUACUCAUGGCGUAAAGAAAAGAAGAUGAGCGUCCGAAUCAAUGUGCCGUCAUGGUGUGAUCGCGUACUGUGGAAGAGCUAUCCAAGGACACAUCUACAGAACACUUCUUAUGGCUGCACAUCGGACAUCACAACCAGUGAUCACUCUCCAGUGUUUGCUUCGUUCAAUAUUGGCAUCUUGACUCAGUACACAGCUAAAGAUGGAGCACCCUCCACUGGUACUUACGUCCACUUCACCUAUGCAGCUGCGAUUAUUGGGUCCAGCAGUAAGACUGCCUACUACCUGGAAGUGCACUCCGAGUGUCUGAACAGCUCAGCACGCAGUGUGAACAACACGUCGUACCUGACACAUGACAAGCAGUCUGACUUUCGCAAGAGCUGUCCCAAAGUCCUGAGACACAUGUUGCACGACACCAGCUUUCCAGAGUGGUCUUCUACGCAGCUUGAGAAGAUGAGUCUUCAGCCUAUCCUGGCAGAUGAGGAGUAUCUGAUGCAUCAGCAUUUCUUUAUUGCUGUCAAAUCAGUCGAUGGUGAUGAAGUGUAUGGUGGUGGUGUUGUCGCUGCCGUGGAGUUCUUUUCACAGUCUCCUGUAGAAUUUGGAAUUGAGCUGACACGACAUGGCAAAGCAACUGGGUACUUACGUGGAAGCAUCUACAUUCCCGUCAAGACAACUCGCAACCCUUAUGAUGAUGUCAGUCUCAUCCAUGAAGAAGCAGAAGUCGACUCUGAAAGGGCUACUUCAGCAUCGAUGAUAUCGGCACCACCACACCUAGCGCCAGCGAGUCCUGUUGCCAUCCGUGGUCAGAGCUUGCAAGACACCAUGAGCCAACUUAGCGGUCUCCAACGGUCAUCCACUGGUCAUGCCAUGCCACCCAUACCUGUCUUGCAAUCUGAUAUUGAAGCGGUGCGUCUGAACCCAACACCAGCGUCAGCGUCAGGAGGCGGAGGGAGUACUUCAGUUGCACCACGUCCACCUGCCACUGCACCGCCUCCCUUGUCACGGCGUAGCAAUCCGGGUGGUAGCAUGCGUGUGUCCGCCACAUCUUCUGGCUUUGGCAGAGACUCUAGUGAUGUCGAUGCGCCACCUGUACCAGUCCGUCCUUCGCGCUCAAGAACGGCCACGGCAGAUCUGCGGGGCGAUGAAAAGCCAAGUAUACCUGCUAGAGCAGAAGAUCGUCCACCUGUACCAGUGAAGAAGGCACAGGGUAGUCGGCCAUCUCUCACGGAUCCUGCAAUCAAUUUCCCACAUUCAUUAGAUGUGGUAUCACCCAAAAGCAGCAUGGCAGCAUCACAGCCAUCCCAGUCAUCGUCAUCAGCCAUGUCGAGAUCAUCUUCUGAUGAGCGACCGCCCCUGCCACCGCCCAAUGCUAGCAGCGGAAUAGGCAUUGUGUCCUCUCGCCAUGGACCAGCACCUGCACCGCCAGCAGGGACAUCAUCUAUAGCGCCUGGAUCAUCACCAACACAUUCGGUUCUGAUGCGCUCGCGGUCUGCUCAGAUGGCCCAUCAGAACUCCUCACAUCGCCCUCGCCUAUCCACAGCUGACGCAGACCUUGCUGCCCCCGCGCACUCUAGAAGUCAUGCAGACAGCAGUCUCUCGCCCUUCCACAAUGGCAAACAAUCAACCGUAGCGGACUUUCUCAAAGAACUGGGACUAACUCGCUUCAUUGACGGCUUCUUACGUGAAGGCUGGGAUGACCUAGAGUUCUUGUCUCACAUGAGUUUAGGUGACCUGAGAAAGUGCGGAGUAACUAGCGGUGCUCAUCAAAGACAGAUCAUGGAUGCUGUGAAAAAUCUACAGUUGUCCAAAUAACUACUUCUGUCUUGUUGGCUGGGGCAGUGGUUGCAGUAUUACACUGUGACUGUUGUUGCUGCUGCUGCUGCUGAUGCCCUUAUUGGUAUUGUCUAUACACCGGAGUAGUACAUGAACUAGGACAUAUUGAUAUAGUCUAUUCUUUUUUAAAUGAAAUCAAGUUCAACAAAUAGUCCUGGUUUUUUGUUGUUUUUUUGUUCACGAAAGAAGCAUAGUUGAUUCUCGGUCAAACCCCUCUGGAUAGAGUUUUUUCUAUAUGCCAGAAGCAGCUUCCAUUUGCCUUCUACAUGACUCUAUGUGCGAUGCUCUCUCUCUACUCCUAAAUUAGUCACACGCACAUGAACACAUGUACAGCCUGCACACUCUGUGCAACAGCGCACCCUCCCCCACACGCGCAUACACCACAUGCACCUGCACAUGCUACUUCAAGCUGAUCUUUAAGUGCGCGCCUUUGACACAGCCAGUGUGCUGUUGCUAUUAUUCUAUUUUUCUUCAUCCAGACCAUAGAUUUCGUGAUCAGACUUUGUCUUUAUCUUGUUUUUAAUUUCUUACAGCAGAAGUCAUGCUGGCUCGCAGGGUACCCUGCUUGGUUUGUGUCCUGCAGGUGUAUACUGCUACCUAGCCCCCCCCCCCCCCCCAAUUAUCCCAAUUUUCAAUGUUGUGUUCCCACAUCACCCUUGACUGCCAUGAGGGCAGCAGCAAUACUGCUAGCCAGGCAGACAUCUAUGUGCCUAUGUGUUAUUAUCAACUUGUUUGCUGCCAGCUAUCACACAUUGCUUGGCUGCUCCCUGUAGCGGUCUUUACUCGCUGCGUUCUGUUAUUUGACCAUAUCCUUCUAAUGUUCAGAUGCAUGCAUACGCGUGCACACACACACACCAUACACCACACACCAUACACCACACACACGCACGCACGCACACACACACACACACACACACACACACACACACACACACACACACACACACACACAUACACAUACACAAACACGAAUAUGCUGCUCUUGCUCUACUUAGGAUUUUGCUCAACUUGGGAAGUAUUCCUCCUCGCUGAUGCGAACUGCUUCUGUUUUUCAAUUUUGUAUUUUUGUGUUAAUGCUCGGUUAUAACAGCUGAGUGCGUUCCCGUCUAUUGCUGGUAUGUGCUUUCUUUUUACUGAGAAUUCUCUGAGUGCCAUCA